AUAAGAAUGGCGGCGCGUUUGGGAAGAAAAUUUUUAUCAAUAACGUAAUGGCCAGUUCCUUUUUGGAAAACGAUGUGAUGAACAUGCAGGUGCGUUUAGGGAACGAAAACCCCAGGAAUAAUGAAGGCAUUUCGCAAGGAGGUGGCUUCCAACUUGCCAGCCCCCAACACGGCACUAGGAGACCGAUGGAUCUGGGGGACGUCGGUACUCCGACCAGAGGUCGAAGGAGACAAUUCGAUCUGCCUGUCAAUCUUAUCCAGCCCAAAACUCCAGAUAACAACUUGAUAGAGAGGAAGCUCAAAGAGAUUAUGAAACAUUCCGGUAUACUUCACAUCAAUGGCAUCAGAUACCAGAGUGAAAUGAGUGACUUGAAAGAAUUAGGAGAGCUAGGCUUUGGAACUUCUGGUCAUGUUUUCAAAAUGCUUCAUGUCCCAAGUCAGGAAGUAAUAGCUGUGAAGCAAAUGAGAAGAUCUGGAAAUCCGGAAGAAAACAAACGUAUCGCCAUGGACCUGGAGGUGGUGCUGAAAUCCCACGACUGCCCGUACAUUGUUCAGUGCCUCGGCUGCUUCAUAACUGAUUCCGAAGUCUGGAUCUGCAUGGAGCUCAUGUCGACCUGCUUCGAUAAACUUCUCAAGAGGCUUUCCACCAGUAUCCCAGAGCCGGUUAUCGGCAAAGUUACCUUAGCUACUGUACGAGCACUCCAUUAUCUCAAAGAAAACCACGAUGUCAUUCAUAGGGACGUGAAGCCAUCUAAUAUUCUCCUCGACAACAGGGGCAAUGUUAAACUAUGCGAUUUUGGCAUCUCAGGGCACCUGGUCAACUCGAAGGCUAAUACUAAGAAUGCAGGAUGCACUGCUUACCUAGCGCCCGAAAGGAUAAACCCACCCGAUCCCAGAAAACCCGAUUACGAUAUUAGGGCGGACGUCUGGUCUUUAGGAAUAACACUUUUAGAAUUAGCGACUGGUUCUUUUCCGUACCCUGGUUGCAAUUCUGAUUUCGAGGUCUUAUCAAGGGUGCUACAGGACGAACCUCCUUCGCUCCCUGCUACAGCAAAUUUCUCUCAGGAAUUCAGAGACUUCACUCAAGCUUGCCUGUCGAAAGACUACAAGGUGCGACCUAAAUAUAAAAAACUCCUGGAACAUCCGUUUCUUCGGCGCUAUAUGGAAGAAAAUGUUGAUGUCGCCUCCUGGUAUGCUCACGUGAUGCCUACUACUCCAUCUCCUAUUCACAGGGCGAACGAGACUGGUCCUGCGGUAGCUGGCCACCAGCGAUCAUUGUCUGACGUUUCACCUCCUCAAUUAAAAUUCUUACCUAUUCAAAGGGAUGGAUUGUCGCCUGUAGCCCACAGGAAGGUAGUAAACGGGAGCGAGGGUGGACCAUUCGACAGCGGAGGGGGAUCAACCAGCCCGCUACUACUCCAGAGGUUCUAUCAUCAACAACAGCAGCACAGGAUCAGGUCGACGUCGGUGUCCCCCUGCCGCCAGGUGUACAAUGGUAAAGGCGAGGAGGGGGGGAGGAAGAAGCUGGGCUCCUAUCUCCGCCAGCGGCUCAGCUGCGACUCUCCCGAACCUCCUCCGAGGUCGAACAGGGCCUCUCCGCUUCUCGUGAGGAGGGUUCCCGACUCAGAAGUUUCAUCGCCUAUUCUUAAUAGAAGACAUAUUCAGCCUUCGCCUCCUCAACCACCACCUCGAAGGCUCUCCGAGAGCAGUUCAGUCCCAGGGUCCCCACACCACAGGAGAUUGGCAGUUUUCACACCGCAGCCGUUGAGGCGGCUCUGGCCUCCGCACCACCACUAAUUCAGUUCGUCGCAGUCCACCUCUCAUGUCUUCUGUCCUCCUCUGCGACUGGGCAUCUCUUUCAUACGUACCAAAGUCUUCUCAUAUGAAAACUGUUUUUAUUUGUAUUUAAUUUUUUUUUUUUUUCCUUCACUCAAGAGCUUCAGAUUUGUAAUUUUUUUCUACACGCUCAAACUGUGAUACACCUUAAUUAGUGUUUAGGUUUCUUGCAGAAGAGCUGAAGUGGUAACGUUGAUUUCAAAACAAUCUUUCCUCAGGAAGAGAAAAAAUUAAAACAGAAAACAUUAUUUUAAUUUUUGCCUUGUACCCCGAUUGCUGUAAUUUUAUUUUUAAAACCUAUCUUUAUUAGUAGUAAAUGGACUAUGCACCUAUCUAAUAAUAUUAUUAUGACAUUUGUUCUUGGAUACAUAUCUGCCCUUUUACAUAAGUUAUAAGAAGGAAUUUUAAUAAUAAAUAUCAAAACUACUUUUCUGCUUUACGUUAUCAAAAAAAAAAAAAUUUUUUUACUUUUCUCCUAACUCUUUGUCCUCCAUAUGUCUAAUUCAGUGAUAUAAACACUCAUAAUUUAUAAUUUUUUUUGGAUCCUUUUUGUUUGGACGCUUUGUCCCUGUUUUCUGCAUAUAAUAAGCCACAAUAUUAGGUUAGACCUAAAAUAAGUUAGGUCGAUGAGCGACCUAAUAUUAGGCAUAGGCAUCUGGACAAGCAGUGUGGAGAAAAUAAGGUUAAGUGUAUAAACCUUAAUUAUUUUCGUG